AUGAGUCUCUCCAACAAGCUCAGCAUCACAGAUUGCGAUUUGAAGGGAAAGAGAGUCCUCAUUCGUGUCGAUUUCAACGUCCCCCUCGAUGGCACCAAGGUGACCAACACGCAGAGAAUUGCCGGCGCAGUGCCAACAAUCAAAUAUGCCAUCGACAACGGUGCGAAGGCCGUAAUCCUCAUGUCGCAUCUGGGACGCCCAGACGGUAAGGUCAAUGCGAAAUUCUCCCUCAAGCCCAUUGUGCCUGAGCUGGAGAAGCUGCUGGGAGGAAAGAGUGUUGAGUUUGCUCCCGACUGUGUGGGCAAGGAGGUUGAGGAUAUCGUGAAUAAGGCUUCUGGUGGACAGGUUGUGCUGUUGGAGAACCUGCGGUUCCAUGCUGAGGAGGAGGGCAGCUCGAAGGGCCCCGAUGGGAAGAAGGUUAAGGCUGAUAAGGCGAAUGUUGAGGAGUUCAGAAAGGGCUUGACUGCAUUGGGAGACAUCUAUAUCAACGAUGCUUUCGGAACUGCACACCGAGCUCACAGCUCGAUGGUUGGCGUUGAUCUCCCUCAAAAGGCCUCUGGAUUCUUGAUGAAGAAAGAGCUCGAGUACUUUGCUAAGGCUCUUGAGGAACCUCAACGUCCUUUCUUGGCUAUUUUGGGUGGAGCUAAGGUUUCAGACAAGAUUCAGUUGAUUGACAACCUUCUCGGAAAGGUCAACAGCCUUAUCAUCUGCGGUGGCAUGGCAUUCACCUUCAAGAAGACACUGGAGAACGUCAAGAUUGGCAACAGUUUGUUCGACGAGGCCGGCAGCAAGACCGUAGGAGACCUUAUUGAGAAGGCCAAGAAGAACAAUGUUGAGAUUGUUCUGCCAGUUGAUUAUAUCACCGCAGACAACUUUGCCAAGGACGCAAAGACUGGCACUGCUACAGAUGAGGAGGGCAUUCCAGAUGGAUGGAUGGGUCUUGACUGCGGUCCCAAGAGUAUCGAACUCUACAAGAACGCUAUCAGCAAAGCCAAGACCAUCCUCUGGAACGGUCCCCCAGGAGUCUUUGAAUUCGAGGCCUUUGCCACUGGAACAAAAGCAACUCUUGAUGCAGCUGUCGACGCCGCACAAAACGGCAAGAUCGUCAUUAUCGGUGGUGGAGAUACCGCAACCGUUGCCGCUAAGUACAAGGUCGAGGAUAAGCUCAGUCACGUCUCGACCGGUGGUGGAGCAUCACUCGAGCUUCUGGAGGGCAAAGAACUUCCUGGUGUCACUGCUCUAUCGAGUAAGUAA